AUGUAUGCCGUCCGAUACUUCUUCUGCGAGAUGCUGGCCCUGGUCAACAUCAUAGGGCAGCUAUAUCUCAUGAACGAUUUCUUCGACGGGGAAUUCAUGAGCUACGGAAGCAGGGUGCUGUCCCACACCCAACUGGACCAAGAGGACCGAGGUGACCCCAUGAUAUACGUCUUCCCACGCAUCACCAAAUGCACGUUCCACAAGUACGGGCCGUCGGGGACCAUCCAGCGCCACGACUCCCUCUGCAUCCUCCCCCUCAACAUCUUCAACGAGAAGAGUUACGUGUUCAUCUGGUUCUGGUUCAUCAUCAUCUCCACCCUCCUCGCCUUGCUCAUCCUCUACCGGCUGAUGAUCAUCUUCCUGCCCUCCGUCAGACCGACCAUCUUCCACUUCUACAACCGGAUGCUGCCCAAGGACACGUGCGAGGCCAUAUGCCGGAAGACGACCCUGGGCGACUGGUGGGUCCUCUUCCUCCUCGGCUCCAACAUGGAUCCGCUCAUCUAUCGGGAGGUGAUGGCCGAGCUUGCGAAGAAAAUAGAGACUCAUGCUAGCAACAUGUGA